CUUUUAGCUGGAGUAUCACAAAUUAAUCCUGAAAUAUUAACUUGAAUUUGCCAAUUUUCAAAAAUCAUAACAUCUUCGCAUGUUGCUUUUGAGUCGUUUACAAACAUUGAUAAAAUUCACGUAAACUUUUAAGUUGCAUCGUAAAUUAUGUGUUUAAAAAUUUUAACACUUGAUUUCUUUUUUCUUACUUAAAUGCAGGUAUGUAUAUUUUCGAAUUGCAUUAUAUUAAGUGUGUUUGAAAAUUGAAAAUUCCAACACUAGAUAACGCCACAAAAAUAACUGUCACAUUUGAACAAGAUAUAAAUAAAUGAAUUUGCCUUCGUUACCAGUAAACAACUUGUGGUUGUUUAAAAAUUGCGGAAAUAUUCACUUUAUUGUAUUAAUUGACAGAAUGUCAAACGUAAACGAUUUUUUCGCAAUGGAGAAAAUUUUAGACGACUCUACAGAAAACUUGACGUAUUCCGUUGUCGAACUUGAAGAUGGUGUAGUUUUAGUUCCAACCAAAUGGAUUGUAAAGCCACAGGAUGACAAUACAUCUUUUUGUUAUUAUCCAGCUAAGAAAGAUGCUGCAAAACUUAAUGAGAUGAUCGCCAAAUUAUCGGAACCGCAAAUACCAUGGAAACAAUAUAUGGUUGUAAAAUGUUUGAAACAGACAACCACUUUGGCAAAAGGAAAAGAAAAACUUUUGGAGGCGCUUGUUAUGUCCGAAAUUGACAGCGAUGUGACAGACAAUUAUUCAGAGAAAUUGAAACAAUCAAGACAUGAACGGGUUAAGAAAUCUCCACCUCCUUAAAUGUCAAUGCAAAAGAUACAAUCGCUAGAAUAUCUGAAAAAAUGCAGAAAAACAGACAACAAUCUGAACAAAAGUCUGGAGACAAAAAUUAAUCUCCCAUUGACACCAGCUAAACGAUCUAAACCAGA